GACGUCCACUCAUUAAUAAGGCAGACUUUAGACCACAAUGCUUUGGGUUAUUCUUUUGCUCUUUAGUGGAAUUCUGUUGUAUUUCUCUCUUUCCUAUCGUACGCGAUCAAAACGAGAGCCACCUUUAGACAAAGGAAGUAUUCCAUGGUUGGGACAUGCACUGGAGUUUGGAAAGGAUGCUGCCAAGUUUUUAACACGAAUGAAGCUUAAACAUGGGGACAUAUUUACAGUCCGUGUGGCUGGUCGUUAUGUUACCAUCUUACUGGACCCCAACUCCUAUGACUCUGUGCUUCAGAACACAACAUAUCUGGACUUCUCACGCUAUGCUCAGGUGCUAAUGGACAGGAUUUUUAAUUUGAGGCUUCCAAAUCACAAACCGGACACAGAGAAGACCAUAAUGAAAAGAUACUUCCAGGGUGAGAGUCUCUCCAACCUGAACCAAAUCAUGCAGAACCACCUGAGAACUCUGCUCACCCUAGAGAUGGCAGGCCAAAACCGACCUGACUGGAAAUGUGAUGGCCUGUUUGGGUUCUGCUACAGCUUGCUAUUUAGGGCUGGAUAUCUCACACUUUUCGGUGGAGAACAGAACCGCAAUUGUACUGAUGCUGCCAAUGUUUAUAAGGAGUAUCAGAAAUUCGAUGGCCUUUUGAUCAAGCUGGCUCGUACCACUCUAAACUCAGGAGAGAAGCAGACUGUGGGUUUGGCAAAGACCAGGCUGUGGGAGUUACUGGCACAGGCUGGUCUGAGGAAGAACUCCAGCUCAUGGAUACAGAGUUACAGACAGCACCUGCAGGAGGAGGGCGCUGAUGAGGAGACCCAAAGAAAGGCCAUGCUGCUGCAACUUUGGGCCACACAGGGUAACGUGGGACCUUGUGCCUUUUGGUUGCUGGCCUUCCUUCUGACUCACACUGAGGCCAUGAGAGCAGUGAAAAGGGAGUUUGAAAGUGUCACGGUACCCAGCACUGCCAUGCUUGACCCAAAACAGCACACACCAGUGUUUGACAGUGCUCUAGAGGAGACUCUUCGCCUCACUGCUGCCCCCUUCAUCACUCGGGAGGUACUGCAGAAUACAACACUGUACAUGGCAGAUGGAAGAGAGUACGAUGUGAGGCGGGGCGACCGUGUGUGUCUGUUUCCUUUCAUAAGCCCACAGAUGGACCCUGAUAUACACCAUGAGCCCGAGAAAUUCAAAUAUGACAGGUUUCUUAAAGCAGAUGGAUCAGUAAAGAGAGACUUCUUCAAAGGUGGGAGGCGUCUGAAGUAUUACACCAUGCCGUGGGGAGCUGGGACUAAUGCAUGUGUGGGAAAGCCAUUUGCCAUCCAGUCCAUCAGACAGUUUGUGUUUCUGGUCCUGUUCCAUCUGGACAUGAAAUUGUGUGACCCGGAAGCUCAGGUGCCCGAAGUGGAUGCCAGUCGCUAUGGUUUUGGAAUGGUGCAGCCAAACACAGAGCUCCUGAUCCAGUAUAAAUUCAGAGAGCAGCCUUGUGUGCUGUGACUAUCUGCAUGUCCUAAACUAGAUGCUUUACCAACACACCUACACAUAUUUAUUUUUUUAAUGAUUUUCAAGUUUAUGCCUAUGUAUAUAUUAAUGUAAAUAUAUAUA